AUGAAAGUAUUGAUUAAUUUCGCUCACCCGGAACCCCAAUCAUUGAGCGGAGCUCUUCAUCGUGUUGCUGUAGAGGAGCUAGAAUCACAAGGGCAUCAUGUGAAAGUUUCCGAUUUGUAUAGAAUGAAAUGGAAAUCCGAGGUGGAUCAUGCGGACUUUCCCAGUUUCCCCAAGGAAGAAAGACUAGAUCUAUGGACGGCUUCUGAAAAUGCGUAUGCUGAGAAAAGUCUCACUCAAGAUGUCCUUGAUGAACAGGAAAAAUUACGCUGGGCCGAUUUCGUGAUAUUCCACUUCCCCUUGUGGUGGUUUACAAUGCCGGCAAUCCUAAAGGGAUGGGUGGACAGGGUCUAUACCUAUGGAUUCGGUCAUGGUGUUGGUGAUCAUAACGAAACCCACUGGGGCGAUCGCUACGGAGAAGGGGUGCUAGCAGGCAAACGUGCAAUGUUGAUUGUUACUCUUGGAGGAUGGAAGGAGCACUAUUCAGCCCGAGGCACCAGCGGCCCAAUCGAUGACGUCCUAUUUCCGAUUAACCACGGGAUUUUGUUUUAUCCCGGCUUCGAAGUUCUUCCACCCUUCGUGGCUUUCAGGGUCCAUAAAACAAGCUUCGAUGAAAUGGCCAUUAAAUUACGAAAAAGGAUGGCCGGAAUCGAGACCACCAAGCCAAUUCCUUAUCGUAUGCAAAACGAUGGCGAGUACACUAUUUCUACCUUGACUCUCAAGGCAGAUGUCGGAGGGCACAUCAGAUCAGGUUUUUCUCUGCAUACAAGAGCAGAGGUGAAUGGCAGUGAAAGUGGACAUGUUACAGAUUGA